AUGCUGAGGAGGGAAGGCAGCGAGCCCGGCGCCGCGGGCGGGAGUGAAGAGCGCGGCGGGCGGGCUGCGGGGAGCGGGGGGGCCUGCGGCGCACGGGGCCCGCCUUCCUCGCCCGGUUUCCGCAGCCUGCGACCGAGGGAGACGCGCCGGUCCCCGCGCGCGGGCGCUGGCUGGAGCUGCUGUGCCGCUGUGGCUCGCCAUCGGCCUCCCCCAAAGCCUGGUGAGCCCGGAGCCUGGGCGCCGAGGCUGCAGGCAGGAGCCGAGCGCUGGAGAGGGAGCCCGCGUUCCUCCCUAGGCCGGGAAGGAGGAAGGGUGAGGGGGCGGAGUGCAGGCCCCGGUGUGCCCAAGGAAGGGCCUAGGUGCUCUGUGCGCACACAUGUGCUCUCCCACGCAGGACUGAAGUGUGGGAUUCGUGCAGCUGAUUUGAAAAGUUCCAAAACGGUUUUGGAAUCUGGGUUCCUUUCUAGAACUUUCCAUUGGAGAAAUUCAACAGUUGGUCGACAUCCGUGGCAGGUCUCCCUAAAAUUAGGUGAGCACCACUUCUGUGGAGGAAGCUUGAUUCAAGAUGAUCUGAUUACAGCAGCACGCUGCCUGGUUAGCCUUCAUGAGAAGCAAAUUAGAAGUCUGACUGUGACUGCGGGGGAGUGCAACCUCUUUCAGAAGGAUAAGCAAGAGCAGGAUAUUCCUGUCUCAAAAAUUACUAUCCAUCCUGAAUACAACAGACUUGGCUAUAUGAGUUCUGAUAUUGCCCUGCUGUAUCUAAAACACAAAGUCAAGUUUGGAAUUGCUAUUCAGCCGAGCUGUAUUCCCCAUAGAGAUGAUAAAUUUGAAGAAUGGAUUAUUUGCAUGGCCAGUGGAUGGGGCAAGACUUCAGAGACAUCAGAAUAUUCAAAUGUCCUGCAAGCAGUGGAACUUCCCAUCAUGGAUGACAGAACAUGUAAUACUGUGCUCAAGAGUAUGACCCUUCUUCCCUUGGGAAGGACCACACUUUGUGCCAGUUUUCCUCAUGGGGAAAAGAACACUUGCCAGAGGGACUCUGGAGGUCCGCUUGUUUGUAGAAGAGACAAUGGAAUCUGGGUCCUUGUUGGGAUAACGUCCUGGGGAGUUGGUUGUGCUACCGAUUGGGCUCCUUUAAGAAAUAACCAUAGAAGAGCAUCAGCUGGCAUUUUCUCCAAAGUAUUUGAGUUGAUGGAUUUUAUCACUCAGAACAUAUUCACAGAUUGUAGACCUCAGGGAACAGUGUUAUUUGGAGAAAAUGGGAAGAUUCAUUACCCCCAUUUGAAAGAGGGCAACUAGUCUCAUAAUCGCUUAUGUAUCUGGAAAAUAAUGAUACCAGAAGAUAAAAUUAUCCUGAUAAAAUUUACAAGCUUAGACGUAGAAAAUCAAGUUGGAUGUGACCAUGACUAUGUAUCUUUACAAGCAAGCAGUGGAAUGCUUAUUAGUAAGGUCUGUGGAGACAUAUUGCCUUCACCGUUGCUGACAGAGACCAAUGAGGCCACAGUUACAUUUGUUUCUGAUGCAGAAAACAGCGGCAGUGGCUUUGAGCUCAUCUUUACUGCUGUACGGAAGAACUCGGAAGGUUCAGGUUGCGGGAGUGUGGAUGUGUUGGUGGAAGAAGGGGCAAUUCACUCUGCCGAUUCUCCUGACUUGUAUCCCAGGAAUGUAAGGUGUCACUGGUUCAUUCAUGCUCCAGAGAAUCACGUUAUAACAUUGGCAUUUGAGGACCUCACUACUAAAUUUAACCAAAACUGUAUGUAUGAUGCUGUUGUGAUUUAUGGUGAUCCUGAAGAAGAACAUGAGUUAGGUGACCAACUUUGUGGAAUCUUGAGCCCUCUUCCAGUAUUCAGUCCUGGUAACAUGAUGCUGAUUCAUUUUAAAAGUGAUGGUGAAAAACUCCAAGGCUUCAAGGCUAGAUUCGCCUUUUUGCCCUCGGAGUGCAUGGCAGAUAAUAACAAUGAUAAUGGCUACCAUUAUGAGUCAUUACCAUCUGUAAGGAAGAAUAAUCCAAUCUUCUGGACCAUUGCUGCUGGAGACCAUGACAGAACCCUGAAGGAAUCAACUGAACAGGUGAGACGUGCAAAACACAUCAUGGUGCAUGAAGACUUUGAUAGACUGAGCUAUGACUCUGACAUCGCCCUAAUACAACUGAGCUCUCCUCUGGAGUUCAACUCAGUGGUGAGACCAGUAUGUCUCCCGCACAGCACGGAACCUCUGUUUUCCUCUGAGAUCUGUGCUGUGACUGGAUGGGGAAGCAGUAGUGAAGAUAGUGGCCUAGCAAGUCGCUUACAGCAGAUUCAAGUGCCCGUGUUAGGAAGAGAGGUCUGCGAACGCACUUACUAUUCUGCUCACCCAGGAGGGAUCACAGACAAGAUGAUCUGUGCUGGCUUCGCAGCAUCUGGAGCGAAAGAUUUCUGUCAGGGAGACCCUGGAGGGCCAUUAGUAUGUAGACAUGAAAAAGUUCCCUUUGUCCUCUAUGGCAUCAUCAGGUGGGAAGCUGGCUGUGCCCAGCCAAGGAAGCCAGGUGUAUUUGCCAGGGUGAGUGUCUUCUUGGACUGGAUCCAAUCCAAAAUCAAAGGUCCUGCUUCACUUCAGAUAAAUAAUGAAAGGAAAACCUUAAGAAGACAACAAUUGCCACCACCCACACCUUCAACAGACAGUAGGUCUGGGCCAGGCUGUUACUCUGAAGUGGAGCUAGAAGAACCCAGAGGCUUAUUUUCAACUCCAAGAUAUCCACUGGAUUAUAGAGGAAAACUGGAGUGUUCUUGGGUGCUCCGAGUUUCACAGAGUAGGAUGGCAAAAUUUACGGUUGAGUAUCUGUCACUUCCUGGGUCUCAUACGUGUCGAGAUUCAGUUCUCACUAUUUCUGAAGAAAGCCGCAGUGAGAGAAGGAUGUCCGGUGAAUUAUGUGGAAGAAGGCUUUACCUAAUGAUUUUCACGAGCUCUGGACCACUGGUGAGGGUGGCAUUUCACUCCCUUGUGCAAGGCGCUUUUGGCAUAAGUUAUAUUGUCUUUAGAGUCCAAGGUCCAAAGAGCAGUAAAACUACCAAAUUUCUCCAGAGUUCAAACCAAGAGCACGUGGCCACUUGUGAGGAUGUUAUUCUGACCAAACCAGCAGGAAUCAUACAAAUCCCAAGAUAUUUUCACAGAACCACUAUGAGUUGCCGCUGGAGGUUAUUAGCCCCUUUAAAUCACAUCGUUCGCCUUGAUAUUAUCAACUUCCAGAUGAAACCAACACCCUUGGCCUGUCAAGGUCACCUGUGGGUUUAUGAAGGAUUUGGAUCAGAUUACAUGAAAGGAAAAAUUAAAGUUAAUGAUAAAGGGUGUCCUGUAUUGGAUUUGAUUCCAGUUAGUUCUAUUGAGAUCACAUCUCCUAAUUAUCCUAACAUUUAUCCCAACAUGCUGAACUGCACUUGGAAUUUUUAUUCCAUGUCAGGAAAUAAAAUGAAGGCAGUGAUUAGAGACUUUAUAACAGAAGAAUCUUGGAACUGUGCAUGGGAUUACUUCAAUAUUUAUGAUGGACCAGAUCAGCAAUCAAGAUUACUUGCUCAUUUAUGUGGCUCCAAGAAAGAAUUUGUCUUGAUAUCCAGUGGUGCUUACUUUACUGUGAAUUUUAAGACUGAUGAGUCUGUGGGAGAAAGAGGUUUUAAACUUAUUUUGGAAGAUAUGAUUCAGAAGCAAUCACAAGGAAGCAAUAUUGGGACCCAACUGCCUAUCAAUGGGAUAACAGUAGAAAACAAUACAGGAAGACUGCCAACCCAAGACAGAUGUGGAAUUCCAGUUGUUGACCCAUUUCUAGUAGAAAGGUCUGAGAGAAACACAAAUGUGCUGCCAGCCAAGCUUGGGGAGCCUAGGGUGGUUGGUGGCCAUGCAGCACCUGCCAUGUUGAGGCCCUGGCUCGUCAGCCUGCAGCACCAAGGACGACAUUUCUGUGGAGGCGCUCUGAUUGCGAAACAUACUGUCACAGACAACCUGGUAAUAGGAAGAAGUUCUCUCUCGAACAUAAGGAAUAGUGAUUUGCUGCCAGUGAAAGCUGUGUACGCUCACCCUGGCUUCACACGAUUUCCUCCUAAUGAGGAUCUCUCCUUGUUGCAUCUGGAAAAACCCGUUGAACCAGAAGAUGAAUUUCCUAAAACUGUGCAACAGGUAGAGGUACCACUGAUCAGUAGUACAUCUUGUCAAAGCUACUGGGGACUGGAUAUUAAAAACACCAAUGGAGAUUCUGGAGGACCACUGCAGUGCACCCAGGACGGGCGGUACACCCAGCUCAUGGGUGUUGUGAGCUGGAGCAGCAGUAACUGCCACCCCUCCGCACCAACGGUCUUCUCCAGAAUUUCUGCCUAUGGGGACUGGAUCACAUCUGUCACCGGAGGAGAAGCAUGA